AUUUGAAAUGUAACUACUUUCUUGCUAAACCAAUGUAACACACUCAACUGAAGAGAGUCAGAUGGAGCGUUAAAGAUCGAUUAAUAGAUCUUAUUUAACUCCAACAUCUCGUCUGGAUAAAACCAAAAAGAUUUUACGCGAACUCGACAGUUUUGUAAGAACAUGGAAACCGCUGCACUGAAUCUUUAUAGCUUGUUUGGGAAUCUUCGAGCCCACGUCGAUGUCCUCAAUGAAAGUAUUGAGCCCCAGUUCAUUCAAAUGGCACUGAAUUUUGACGACUGUCGGCGUAAAUGGCUAAGAGUGGAGCAAGACUUGGCCUCUUGUAAGGAGGUGCUUGCCAAAGCAGAAACUGAGAGGGGUGCGCUGGAGGUCAAGCUAAAACAUGCUCGCAACCAAGUGGACGUAGAAAUCCGUCGACGUCAGAAAGCUGAGGCCGACUGUGAAAAAUUGGAUCGUCAGAUUCAACUUAUUCGAGAGCUGUUGGUCACAGAGGGCUCUAGUUCAAGUAUCCAGUUAAAUGAUGAGCAGCGGUCAGCUUUGGCUUUUCUCAGUGUACGCUCACAAGCCCCUAACAAUCUCAACAGCAGCCGAAGACUGACCACUAUUGACGAAUCAGCCUCGAUUUUGUCUGAUAUAAGCUAUGAUAAAACUGAUGAUUCAUUGGACUGGGACUCUUCUGUUGUCAGAAAUGUUCGAUUGAAGAAACGUCAAAAGAGACGCUCCUCGAGAAACCAUACUGAUGGGCCUCUUGCUGCACCUAAAAGGUCUCGGUCCACAGGCCGCACUUCUGAGAAAGGAAAUGAGUCUCUCAUAGCCAAGACCACAGUGACAGUGCCUAACAAUGGAGGUCCCAUAGAGGCUGUCACCACUCUUGAAGCUGUGCCUUACUGGACCAGAAGCAGGAGAAAGACUGCUGCCAUGGUUUGGGCUACAGAAGACACGGAUUCAGUGCAGUCUGUCGAAGUAUUAACCCAGACAGAUAGUAAAGCAGAGCCCAGCACACCGCAGAGCAAUGGGGGUGUUCGUCUACAUGAGUUUGUUUCCAAAACGGUGAUAAAGCCUGAAUCCUGUGUUCCCUGUGGGAAGAGGAUCAAGUUUGGAAAAAUUUCUCUGAAGUGUAGGGACUGUCGUGUGGUCACCCAUCCUGAGUGUCGUGAGCGCUGUCCCCUGCCAUGCAUUCCUAAUCUGUCUGGGACUCCAGUAAAAAUUGGAGAGGGCACUCUUGCAGACUAUGUGUCUGACACCUCCCCCAUGAUUCCACCACUGGUGGUCCACUGUGUGAAUGAAAUUGAGCAGAAAGGGCUACAUGAGACUGGCCUGUACCGUAUAUCUGGAGCUGACAGAGUGGUGAAAGACCUAAAGGAAAAGUUUCUGCGUGGAAAGACUUUUCCUCUGCUAAGUAAGGUGGAGGACAUACAUGCUAUUACUGGCCUUCUGAAGGACUUCCUGAGAAACCUUAAAGAGCCUCUGCUUACCUUCCGUCUCAACAGUAAUUUUAUGGAGGCAGCAGAGUUAGCUGAUGAAGACAAUUCUACUGCACUGAUGUACCAAACUAUCAGUGACUUGCCUCAGCCAAACAGGGACACUCUGGCCUUCCUAAUCAUCCAUCUGCAGAGAGUUGCCCAAAGCCCUGAUACUAAGAUGGGUAUGACUAAUCUUGCUCGUGUAUUUGGGCCGACUAUUGUGGGUCAUGGUGUACCUGAUCCAGACCCACUGAGAAUUCUACAGGACACAAAGCGACAACCUAGGGUUGUUGAACGUUUGCUGAGCCUACCUGCAGAGUACUGGAGCCAGUUCUUGAUGGUGGAGCAAGACCACCAUCAAGCUCAUGCUGAUAACAUGGUUAUUGAAAACAACAAUGUUUAUUCCACUCCAGACCAAAAAGUGAGUAUGUUUGGCCCAAUCACCACUCCAGAGCAGCAGAUGAGCAAGACUUCAUCUUCUAGUUCUCUAUCUCAGCGUAUGAGAAAUGCUACAUUGGGUGUCAUCACUCCUAAAUUUGGUAGCAAGAGCAAAUCUGCUGUCAGUUUCGGUCGCCAGGGGAACUUCUUUGCCUCUCCUCUACUAAAGUAGAGCUGCCUUUGACUAAUUUUCUGGUUGCAGCUGCUAUACUCUGCACAAUUAAUCUAUAUCUACAAUUUGUGUCUGCAGAUGCAAAUGUUUUAUUCAUGCUUGCUUUUAUAUAUAUAUACAUAUUUUAGCUUAAGAUCAGAGUAAAGUAUCUGAGUUUGUAGGCACUUUAUUAUCAAGAUGCCUUAAACUUGUAUUUGGAUUUGUUAUUCAAAUGGAAGUAUAUAUUACGAGGUUUGCCAAACUCAUUUAAAUAUUAGUUAAAAUACAUACUUUAUAUUCUUAUGCAAAUAUCAUCUGUUUUGUUUUUAUUAUUAUUUUUUUAAUCAUAUGUGUUGUGCAAGAGAGAGUGCUUAACAAACUAAGACCAGGUGAACGUUUCCUCCACCCAGAAUGCUUUUUUCCUUUGUUAUUCCAUGGAUAAUUACCUGUAUGUAAAAAAUGGAUUUUGCAUGUAAUGCUAACUCAUUGGAUUGUAUGAAAAUAGAAAACUAAUUGCCUUUAUUUCAUUGACUUUCCCACUCCACUGAUUACAUUUUUUUUCCUGUUAUGUUAAUGAUUCUUUUGAUUAAAUCAUUUUCAUCCACACUAACCUAUAAAUAUUUUCUUUCAACUAUCA